GGGGUUCAUGAAACCCCUGUUAGUGUUUCCUGAAACUCCCGUAGAUGCGGUAUAUUUCAGGGGUUGAGAAACCCUUGCUAGGGAAUUAAGUAAUUAACCAACCAUUUCAUCUAGUUUUACUGUUUCUAGCUUUUCACGGGGCAAAAAAAAUCUCAAUCCCAAAUGUAAAGAAACAAAUCCCUAGUCCAGUGCCACUUCCCGCUUCCAUCUUCUAAUGCUUCUUCUUCCAUAGCACAAAAUCCCUAGUCAGCAUUCGAGCUUUGCCGAUAGCGUCUCCGACGAAGCUAAUUCGACGGCGGUUAACGAGCUCCAGCACGCGAGCUUUGCCGAUAGCGUCUCCGACGAAGCUGAUUCGACGGGCGGUUAACGAACUCCACCAUACGAGCAUUGCCGAUAGCUUCUCCGACGAAGCUGAUUCGACAGGCGGUUAAUGAACUCACUGAUAGAACAUUCAUUCCAUGUGAGAGCAGAAGCUAGAAAUUCGAAGCAGCAGAAGACGAAGUAACAUGGAUCGGCUCUCCGAUGUCUUUUUGACUCUGGUGGUCGACGUCGACGACAACCAACAAAGGGACGAUGCUCUGCUUCUUCGUCUCCUCCCCUUCCAAGCCCGAAUCAAAUAAAAAUUCACUCACUGCUCGUCUCCGUUAAUGCUUUCCUUGCUAUCUACUUGAUCCCUUAUACAUUCUAGGGUUUUACAUUAUGUUCUGGUUUUUGCUUGCUUAAGUGUAAGUUGUAUUUUAUAGUUUUUUUUAUGUAUCUACUAAAGCAGAGGAUUCGGUGGGAUUUAUGUUGGUGGUUGGUGAUGGUCAAAUUUGUUGUGUGUACAGGAAAGAAGGUAGCGGAUGAGAUGCAAGAUCAGCAGGAAAUGGUAACUCCUUUUGUAGAGUACAAAAUGCCUAUUGUCUGAUUGACUCCAAAAUUACUGGACAUUUCUUUUCAUGAUCCUUUUACUUUGCCGGAUAGGAUGAUGAUGGAGGUCAAUUCGCUAGGGAAAACAGCUGAGGACAUUGCACAGUGCUUUACUUAGACUCCAUUGCAACCAAAGAUCAUUGAAUCUAUAAAAUCAGCUCAUGCCCUUGGGUGUGUGGUUUGUUCCCCAGAUGUAUAUUGAGAAUCAUCAGUGAUAGUCAAGCAGCAGAAUAAACCAACUAAAACAGAGGCAUGCCACCACUGACGAUACCUUUACCAUUACAUACAGCAGCUGGGAAGAAGCUUCAUUUUGUUCUGGUCAUUGAUAUACAGGAGCGGCAGAUUCCUAGUACAACCAAGGUGCAAGUGUUCAUCAAUAUCCAUAGAGAAAUGGGAUGGGCACCAUGUUGUGACCAAACAAAUGUGAAGAAGGGGCCAAUGCCACCUGAAGAACAUGCUAAGCAGAAGGAGCAUAUGGGUUAUGCUAGUGAUCUUUUUUAUUUACUCAAGUCGUCUUUAAGAGGUGAGCUCUUGGAUGACUUCCUGUCAACUAGAGUUGGGUUGUAGUUCAAGAAUAAUUGCAGGAACAUCUUGAUUUGGGAAAGAUUGAGAAGGUGUACUUGGAAAGGAUCCGGAGGAAACCCGAAAUCAAUGCAUUUUUUGAAUAACUGAAGCCACAUCAGAAAGCACUGUUGCUGGACAACUGCCCGGUCCUUGAUCGUGCAAUGAUCGAGCACAAUCUUCUAAGUGCAAGCAAACUAUACACUAAUGUAAGCAGGGGAAGCAAAGACACUCAUAUGACUAUGUUCUGAAAAUGAUGGCCUAUUUAGAUUUCUGUUCGAGCAGUUGCUACAGCUCAUGAUGGAUUGAAGGCAAGAGAGUUACUGAAAGAGAGCCCCAUAACAUAGACAUCAUUCUAUCAUAUGAUGUAUUGAAUCAUGGAUAUAGUGUACUGUAUGAUUUGGCUACCCAAGAAUGAUUUUUGUACAAAAUUUUGCAAGAAAAAGCUUGGUUAUGGAUUUAUCUAUAGUGAGAAGAGUAUUUGCAACCAAGUUAUAGUCACCAAUUUUCAUGGGGUUUUAGUGACAGUUUUGAGUUUGUUCAAAAAAAUUAUCAGCCUCUCUUUAGUGACGAUUCUGAGUUGGUUGCAAUUGAUUUAGAG